AAAUGUAUACUCAAUUGCAAGACCCAAAUUAUGCAACCUUAAUUCCACACAACAUCGAAAGACUUGAUAUAGACCCGUAACAAAGUUGACUCAAUCAAAUAAAAUUUGUCACGUGUAAUAUUUAUCUCUAUUAGAUAAUUUGACAACAAAUAUUACAUUACUUAACCUUUAAAUUAACAAUUUAUAACCCUCAUGGCCACAUAUGACAUAGUUUGACUUUCUCACUCAAAACCAAAUUGAAAACCCAAUAUUCAUUUGAGUUGUAAUUCAUACCUAACAAUAAAAGUUGAAUCUACUAUUACUCUUUUCGUUUCAAAAUAAUAGUUACAUUUUACACUAAUCUUAAAAUACAUUGAGUAAAUAUAUAAGUAAUAUAACCAUCGUUUCAAAAAGCUCUUACACGUAGUAAAUUGAAUUGGUUGCAAAAUUAAUAAAGGCCCAACAAAAUAUCUUCAUCACUAAUCACCACUCCGUAUGACUGAAUUAUCAGCCGAAAACCACGUAAAUAAAAAAAUCAAACAAACAUUAAUUAAUUCCAAAAAUAAUUUAACCCUCACAAAACUUUUCACCCAUUUAAAAAAUCACCACGUUUUACUUCCAUUAAAUCACAACCGUCCACCUCACCACAAAUCCACAAAACCCUACUUAUAAAAACCCACCACUCAGAUUUCACCCCCUUUUAUCUCCACAUUUCCCAACUCUUUUUUUUUUACCACUUUCUUCUACAGUUGAUCAUCAUCAUCUUUUUUCUUCAUCAUCAAAAAUGGCAGUCGGAAAAAAAGUUGUAAAAUCAAAGAUGGAGAAGAAGGAAAUUUACAGUGCAAAACUCAAAAAAUUGAUCGAUGAAUACUCUAAAAUUCUUAUUGUUUUUGCUGACAAUGUGGGUUCGAAUCAACUCCAGCAAAUUCGUCAAGGUUUAAGGGGUGAUUCUGUCAUUUUGAUGGGUAAAAAUACUUUGAUGAAACGUGCUCUUAAAUCUUACAUUCAAGAAACUGGUAAUGAUACCAUUCAACCUCUUAUUGGCCUUCUCCAGGGGAAUGUGGGUUUGAUCUUUACUAAGGGUGAUUUGAAGGAAGUUCGCGAGGAACUUGGCAAAUACAAGGUUGGUGCACCAGCUCGUGUUAACCUCGUUGCUCCUGUAGAUGUUGUCAUACCACCCGGCAACACCGGGCUCGAUCCAUCCCAAACCUCCUUUUUCCAGAUUCUGAACAUCCCAACCAAAAUUAACAAGGGUACAGUCGAAAUCAUCACUCCUGUGGAGAUCAUUAAGAAGGGUGACAAAGUGGGUUCAUCUGAGGCUGCGCUUCUUUCCAAGCUUGCAAUCAAGCCCUUCUCUUAUGGUCUUAUAGUCACGAUGGUUUACGAGGAUGGUUCGGUGUAUGAUCCGGAGGUGUUAGACUUGACAGAAGAUGAUCUCGCGGUUAGGUUUGCUUCUGGGCUUGCUAAUGUCACUUCACUCGCCCUCAGUAUCUCGUUUCCCACCCUUGCCGCUGCCCCGCACAUGCUCAUCAACGCCUACAAGAAUGUGCUGGCUGUUGCUGUUGCCACUGAUUACUCUUUCCCACGAGCUGAGGAAGUUAAAGAAUACCUCAAGGAUCCAAGCAAGUUUGCUGCUGCAGUAUCUCCAGUGGCUUCUUCUACCGGCGGUUCUGCUUCUGCCGGCGCUCCAAAGGAGGAGGAGAAGAAAGAAGAAUUAGAGGAAUCCGAUGAUGACAACAUGCUUAGCUUGUUCGACGAUUAGGGUAGUUUCCUUACCACGCAGAUAUCAUUAGUCAAGUAUAAUUAGGUGGGCUGGUUUUUCAUGUUUUUGGGUGUUGACCAAAACUUCUGUUUUCUACUUUUCUUUUUCUUCCUGUUUUAGCCUGCCUAUGUGUGCUCUGGACUUUGGUAAUCUACUCUCGAAAACUAUUUCAUAUCAUGUUCUACGAAGUACGGAGUAGUGAAUUUUUAUUAUCAG